UUCGUAGUUUACUAUUGAAUACUAUACAAAUUUCGUAAAUUGAGUCCCGGUGAAGCAAGGUGAAAGAAAGGGAACAAGUUCAUUGUUUGUUACACGCGACGUACACUAUUCAUAAUGGUAAAUAAUCUUCUUUCUCAGCCACCUGAUUCUAAAAGAGAAGAAUUUCGGAAAUACCUUGAAAGGGCAGGGGUUAUGGAUGCUCUUACAAAGGUACUUGUGUCUUUGUAUGAAGAACCAGAAAAGCCGGAAGAUGCAUUAGAAUAUAUCCGACAAAAUCUGGGAGGAAUUACAGAUGUUGAUGUUGAAGUAGAAAUGUUAAAAAAAGAAUUGGAAGAAGCUAAAGCUAAGAUUAUCGAGCUAAAGGCAAAAUUGGUGAAAUAUGAACCGGAUGAAGGUGCAGAAUAAUUUAAAUAACAAAAUUUUAGACUAUACUUCAAUACUAGUCUUUGCUGGAUACUGAUUUUCUCAGAAAAUCAGACCACCUAUGUGCCUUACAAUAGAUAUAGCAAAUCACUUUUUAAAAGGAUUUAGAAUAUAAGAUAAAUUAAGUUUAAUUUUGCAAAUUCCAUUAAUUAUAAGUCUAUUCCAUAAUCAUUUCUCAAUCAUGUUUACAAAACUAUAGAUGAUACUUUCCAUUUAGCAAAAUUAAAUGCAGUUACUAACAUAGAGUAUAAUUUGUAAUGAAACUACAAAAGCAGGAUAUAAUAAAUUAGAAAGUAAAGCUCAAAUCAAGUUUUGUUUGAUGUGAUAUUUCUAUAACAAAUGUAUUAUUUUUUUUAUACAAAUAGUGUAUAUCUUUUUUAUUUUGCAAAAAUUAUCAAACUUAAAUCAAUUAAUGUAAGUGAUUACUAAUAUAAUAAAUGUGAUAAGAAAUCCUAUUGUAGGUACAUAAGACAUCAUAUUAAGUUAGAAUUCAGAUGUAUUUGUGGCAAUAUACAUAAAUAUUGGUGUAUCUAGCUUAUAACCUAAAUGUAUUUGAGUCCUUUAUUUCACUGAUAGUUUCAGAUGACAGAUUUUUCGUUCACAAGCUCUUUUUUUUGACAGUGUAACCUAAAAAAAUGAUAAAAUUAUACAAUCAGUAUUAAA